GAAGGCUCGAAUGGGGGUCCGAAGUCGGAGGUGGAAGUCUGAGAUCGCAGGCAGGGGGUCUUAGAGUGGCGGUGGCAUCGGAGGGCUGGGAGCGGUUUGGGAGGAGCGCGUGCAGGUCUGAGCGCGCAGGUGAGGGGCUGGGGGGCGGAGCUAGGGCGAGAGGGGAGGGCUCGAGGACCGAAGGGCCGGGCAGCUCCCAGUCCGGAGGCUCCGGAGGAGGAGCUGGGAACCACGGGCGGAGGGCCCGGCUGCGCCAUGAGGGUACACCUGGGCGUGCUGGCGGGCGCGGCGGCUCUGACCGGGGCACUGAGCUUUGUGCUCUUGGCGGCCGCCAUCGGCACGGACUUCUGGUACAUCAUUGACACCGAGCGGCUGGAGCGGGGCGGCCCAGGGGCGUGGGGCCGGGCGGGGGCCGCCAACCGCAGCCAGCUUGAACCUCUGAGCUCGCACUCCGGCCUCUGGCGCACCUGCCGGGUCCAGAGCUCGUGUGUGCCGCUGAUGAACCCCUUCUGGCAGGAGAAUGUGACCGUCAGCGACUCAAGCCGACAACUUCUCACCAUGCAUGGGACAUUUGUGAUUCUGCUGCCGCUCAGCCUGAUCCUGAUGGUGUUUGGGGGGAUGACAGGGUUUCUGAGUUUCCUCCUCCGAGUCUCCAUCCUCCUCCUGCUCACAGGGACCCUCUUCCUCUUUGGAGCCUUGGUGACCCUGGCUGGAAUUAGCGUCUACAUCGCGUACUCGGCCGCCGCCUUCCGGGAGGCUCUGUGUCUCCUAGAGGAGAAGGCCCUCCUCGACCAGGUGGACAUCCGCUUUGGCUGGUCCCUGGCCCUGGGCUGGAUGAGCUUCAUCGCCGAGCUGCUCACUGGUGCGGCCUUUAUGGGGGCAGCCCGCGUGCUCAGACUGAGACAGAGGCAGGACCAGGCCAUAUGAGCCUGAUGCUUGGUCUGGUGGGAGACAGGGGCCUGGCCUGGGGCCCCAGGGAUCCAUCUGUGGGCUGCAGCCUCUUCUUCCUCAAAGGCCACUGGUGGUGGGACCAACCUGAGGACUGCUGUGGGCUGAGCUCCAGGCCUUGCUGUCAUCUCUGCCUGGUGUGGUGUGUCUGUGUGUUUGUGCACGCGUGUGUCCGUGUGGGCUGGAGGAGGCCAUUGGAGUGCAGAACCCACCUCCCACGAAAUGACAGAUUAGCCCCUUGAUCAUAACCAGAACUUUCUGGAUGCAGCCCCGGUAGGCCUCCUCUGGCUUCACUUCAGUCCUCACCCCUGCUCAUUGCAUCAGCUCUGCUUCUUUGCUAAGGACACAAAAGACCAGAGAGGUUAGGUAAGCUGCACAAAGGUGCACAGUGAGCUGGUAGUGUACUCCUUGCUCCAAGAACAGUGCUCAAUCCCUUACCACAGUUCUCCUGAGCAGGUCCAGCAGGCUGGCCACAGCACGAUUGCUAUGUGUGGGGCUGCAGAACCCCAGACUCAGGCCACAGGCCUCACAGGACCUGGAACCCCUGCCUGGGGCACAGUGUGAAGUAGGGGGACGAGGGCAGAAAUCUGGGCUACUCACCAACCAGGUGGUGCCCGUGUCCCCCCUCGCCUCAGGGAGGUACACGCUCGUCCCGUUCACUGUCCCGGAGCUCGACGGGCCGGGCUUCCUCAGAGCAAUGAUUCUCAGUGAUCAGGGGCUCAGUACUGCAACAGAAACAGUCAUCCUGGACAUGGAAGCCCCGCCAGGUUCCUGGUGGCCAGUGUGCUGGUUGUCUCACUAUGUCACAUCAGAGACUGUGGGAGAGCCAAGGGCAAGCUCACUGCUGGCAGGAAGAGCAACCAGCAAGCUUGAGAUUCAGGAGGAAUCAGCAGAAUCAGCAGAAGACUCGCUUGAAGAGGGAAGAGGCAUCAGCAGACUCGCAGCCGGACUCAAACACACAGUAGUCACUCCUGGACACAAGCGCCACCUGUCAGCCCUCAUCAUCUCACACCUGUCGUAGAAGCAGUUCCCCCACAAACGCGUUGACUGAGCCUACUUCCCCGGGCUGGAGCCCGAGACUGGCGAGAUUCAGACGGUGAAUUCAGACACACUCACAUACACGCUCACACACACACUCACAGACACGCAGGGUCUUCUGUCCUCCGUGUGGCUGCGGUUUUAGGUUGCUUCUACACCAGCCAAAAAGAUGUGGAUUCCGUCAUGCGUUCUGGUGACGCCGUGAGCUGGUGGCCUCAGUUGGUGUGGGUGGGGGGUGGUGCCCACCUCCUUGGCCCUGCUGGCAUCGAGUGUUGUCCAGGGAGGCCUGGCUCCUUUUGGGCAAACAUAAGUCUGGGCUUUUCUCAGCACAUGUGGUGGUGGGGGUGGUCUAGGAGAGGAAAUGAAAGAUUCCCAUG